AUGUCGGCUGGUCCCGAACUUGAUAAUGACGCUGUGUUGAAGUGGCUCGAAGCGUUCCACCGAGCAAGCGCCUCCCUCGAUGCCGAUAAAUGGCUGGACGAAUUUAUGACUGAUGAUGUGGAAUUGCAAUAUGGAAAUAGCCCUGUGACCAAAGGCAGCGAAGUACGGCAGAUGUUUAAGACUGUCCUGGGUCAACUAGAUAUGAUGACCCACGAGGUCCGCUACUUUGACUAUGUAGCCCCUCGUAUCUAUCAAGCGGCCACCAUCCGAUAUCUUGUCAAAGGAGACAGCCUAAACACAGACGAGAUCACAAUUCCCGGUUUUGCUACAUUUUAUAUCCGACAAGAUGACAACGGUCUCGUGAAGUGUUAUCGGGCGGAGACCUUCCUAGACCCAUCGGCUGUGUUUCAACGAAUUGCUGAGAGAUCAAGCAAAGUCUGA